AUGCCUGGUUGUUGUUCAUGGAAUUGUUUCGGUAUCUGCCGCAGCCGCCGCCGCAGAUCCCCUAGCUGGGGUCCUCAGCCUGGAGCCGGUGCCGAUGGCCCUAUAGAGCUACAAGACAUUCCCAGCCCUGCCAUUUCUGCCAAUAAUCCCGUGGUCACGCAGGCUGACCCGGCAUCAGACCGUUAUCAAUACGGCGAGCGCGAGAUGUGGGGAGAGUUGCGACAAAGAUGGAUCGAUGAUGCAAACGAGCCUAAGUGCAAAGUCACGCCAGUAAAUUUCGAAUAUAAAGACUUGACCCACACUACAAGACGGUCCCAAAAAUGGACAACAACUUUCAACCGCUGGGGACCUGGUCCCCCCGUGCUUCGAAAUGAUCUCAGGAAUUGUCGCCUCCCUACAGGCGAGCAGGAUUACCACGAUGCCAAGAUCACAAAACUGGCGACCAAGAGGCACCCAAAAAGAGGGAGUGGAACUAACUGUCAUCAUAUCACGACUGCAAUGGGAGUUGUUAUUGUUAGAAAGGUUGAAAGAUACGAUGGACUUCACUGGAGUCAAGUCGCCCACGCACAGUACAAUACUCACUUUGACCAGAAUACCUUGAGACACAUCUAUCUCGAAAACGUUAUUAAUGAGGAUACCAGGGACUUUAUUCAGACAAUUUGGGCUAAAACUCAACCAGAUAAUUCCCCAGGGUUUCAGCUAGCUCCAGCAUCACUAAAUCAACUGGCCUGGGCGUAUGAUACCCCCGAAUAUAAGGCUAUUCUAGGCACAGAGCUUGGGAAAGGAGUGGCUGCUCUUGUUUUGUCGGCAUUCCCCAGAGGUACACGUCGCAUCACCAAAAUCGUUGUCUGGAGGCAGGCUAUCAUGCAGAUCCGAUUUGAUAUUGAGCACAAAGAUUACCUAGAUAGAGCAAUGGAUUUGGACGAAUCUAGAUCGGACUGCGGUUCGUCCGGUUAA